UGUCACAUCACUGCUUCCAAGUAUACUUCAACAGCCAGCGAGGACUCUCACUUACUGCGGCUUACGGAAAGGAAAGAGGAAAUCCGUGAAAGCGGUGGUCGAUAGGUUUCUCCGGCUGCACAAUGGCCUCUGGGUUAGGAGAAAGGCUGGUUAUAAGAAGAAACUUUGGAAGAAGUCAGCUGCCCAGAGGAAGCGUUUGAGAGAGCUGGUGUUGUGCACUAGAACGCAAUGUAAACUCCUUGAUAAAAUGACUACUUCUUUCUGGAAGAGAAGAAAUUGGUAUGUUGAUGAUCCCUACCAGAAGUAUCAUGAUCGCACAAAUCUUCGUGUGUAG